AACUGGCACGUGCAAGCCUCCCGCAUGCAACGACGAGCUUUCCUUUCAAAAAACUGUUCACUGUCUUUUCAGAUCACAGUACGAGUACCAAUCACCUAAACAAAAAGCGUAUAGGAAGAAUUAAACUUUUUGAGAAAAUCUCUUUCGAGAUGUCAUCCACGGCCAUCGGUGUCAGCUUGUCAAUGAGUAGCCGCAUAAGAAGAGGAGGAGGAGGAGAAGUCGAUGUUGAAAGAGUACUAGUGACGGCCUCACCGACAACAUUGAAGCUGAUUCAGACCCGGAGAGUAGUCGCAGGCAGGUUUUUGGGGAUGAAGAAAAGAUUCCAUGGUACCGUAGCAAUCACUAAGGCAGAGGUGGACGACGGAGAGGAGAAGAGGACUAGUAGGAAUAUGAGAGUUGGACUCAUUUGCGGAGGUCCGUCGGCAGAGCGUGGGAUUUCUUUAAACUCUGUUAGAUCAGUUCUUGAUCAUAUUCAGGGUAAUGGUAUAAGCGUCAGCUGCUAUUACAUAGAUCCUGAUCUCAACGCUUAUGCAAUAUCCUCUGCUCAGGUGUACUCAAAUACUCCGGCAGAUUUUGAUUUCAAGCUCGAGAGUCUUGCACAAGCAUUUGCUUCGUUAUCAGAAUUGGCCGAGCAUCUUGUUUCAGCUGUUGACAUUGUCUUCCCAAUAAUUCAUGGUCGGUUCGGUGAAGAUGGUGGCAUUCAGGAGCUGUUGGAGAGUCAUAACAUUCCAUUUGUCGGUACCGGAUCCGUAGAAUGUCGCCGAGCCUUUGACAAGUAUGAAGCCUCUUUGGCGCUCAAGGAGCAUGGGUUCAUGUCAGUACCGAACUACUUGGUUCAGGGAACUGAAGUAGACGAAAGUGAAAUAGCGCAAUGGUUUACGGAUAAUCAGCUGGACCUCGAGGUUGGAAAAGUCGUGGUAAAACCAGCUAACUCAGGAUCUAGCAUUGGUGUCAAGGUUGCUUUUGGCGUAAAAGACUCAAUUAAGAAGGCUACUGAACUUAUUCUAGAGGGAAUUGACAAAAGGGUAGUUGUUGAGGCGUUUAUUGAAAAUGCAUAUGAGUUUACUGCCAUCGUCUUGGAUGUCGGUUCUGCCUCUGAUUGCCAUCCUGUUGUGCUGUUACCUUCUGAGGUAGAACUUAAGUUCCACGGAAGUGGUGAUACGAAAGAAAACGCCAUCUUCGACUACCGGAGGAAGUAUCUGCCGACACAACAGGUCACCUAUCAUACUCCUCCUCGGUUUCCUAUCCAUGUUAUCAAAAGCAUACGUGAAGAGGCAUCUCUUCUAUUCAAAAAGCUAAGUCUACGCGAUUUUGCUCGCUUUGAUGGAUGGUAUUUGACUCCCACUUCAAAUUUAGCAUCAUCUGCAAGUCAAACGCUUACAAGAUCAGGGGAUAUUAUAUUCACAGACAUCAACCUGAUAAGUGGCAUGGAACAAACUAGCUUGUUCUUCCAGCAGGCUUCUAAGGUUGGAUUUUCUCAUUCAAACAUUUUACGAACAAUAAUCUACCGUGCUAUCUCAAGGUAUCCCCAGCUUUAUUGGUAUAAUUAUGAUGAGUCUAGCCGAGGUUCAAAAACCAUGGAAACCCCCGGGGACGUCCAGAAAGUGUUUGUCUUAUUUGGAGGAGACACUUCAGAGCGGCAGGUCUCAGUCAUCAGCGGAACAAAUAUAUGGAUGAAUUUACAAAGAUUUGGAGAUCUCAAGGUAACUCCUUGCUUGCUAUGUUCAUCACUUAGCAACUCAAUGGGCGCAUUUCCGGACAAAACAGAAUCAGAUUUGGACAAUAGAGAAGUUUGGUUAUUACCCUACUCUGUUGUGCUAAGGCACACUGUUGAGGAAGUUCUUGCAGCUUGCAUGGAAGCUAUUGACCCUGAUCGGGCUCGUUUUACGUCUCUGCUGCAGCAGCAAGUGAAGGAGGAUCUUAUGAAUGCUUUGAAGAAUCAUAGCUGGUUUGCAGGGUUUGAUAUAAUAGACGAAGUGCCCAUGAGAUUCUCGUUGAAAGAUUGGAUCAAGCUUGCCAAGGAAUCUGAAGCGACCGUGUUCCUUUCAGCGCAUGGAGGAAUUGGGGAAGAUGGUACGAUGCAGGCUUUACUGGAGGAUGAAGGAGUGCCUUACACAGGUUCAGGAGUACAUGCUUCAAGGAUUUGCAUGGACAAGGCUAUGGCAUCCAAGGCUCUUAGUCAUCUUUCAGAGUUUGGAGUUCAAACAAUAAGCAAUGAAGUGAAGAGAACGGAGGAUAUAAUCCAUGAGAGCAUCCCUGACAUUUGGGAUGAAUUGAUCACCAAGUUUAAGUGUCUGACACUAUGUGUUAAACCGGCAAGGGAUGGUUGCUCCACUGGUGUUGCAAGAUUAUGUUCCUCUGAUGACCUUGCGGUAUAUGUACAAGCUUUAAGAGACUGUCUACCAAGGAUUCGAGCAAACUCCUUUUCCAAGACACAUGGAAUGAUUGAGAUGCCAAAUCCUACCCCAGAGCUCUUGAUUUUUGAACCAUUUAUUGAGACAGAUGAAGUCAUAGUUUCAUCUAAAUCCAGUGAGAAGCUAUCAUGGAAAGGUAGUAGGCGGUGGGUAGAGAUAACCGUGGGCGUAAUAGGUAAGCAUGGGUCGAUGCGUUCGCUUAGUCCUAGUCUUACUGUCAAGGAAAGUGGCGAUAUAUUGUCACUAGAGGAGAAGUUCCAAGGCGGCACUGGCAUAAAUCUCACUCCACCUCCAACAACGAUCAUGAGUAAGGAAGCAUUAGAGAGAUGCAAACGAGGAAUUGAGCUGAUUGCGAAAACUCUCGGGUUAGAAGGGUUUUCACGUAUUGAUGCUUUCGUGCACGUUGAAACAGGAGACGUUAUGGCAAUAGAGGUGAAUACAGUUCCCGGAAUGACUCCUUCCACUGUUUUAAUCCAACAGGCAUUAGCAGAGCAGCCUCCAAUGUACCCUCCUCAAUUCUUUCGCACACUGCUUAAUCUUGCUGCUCAAAGAGUCAAGUAAGCCUUUUUCUGUAUCUAUCAUUCCCAAGUGUAUUAAAUAAGAGUGUUGUAAAUUUGAUUUCGUUGUGUGCUAUAUUGAAACAAAAGUUUGAAUAAUGUGAAAAACAAUAAUUUACUU